AUAGUACUCUGCCCCUCCAACACUGCCCAAAACUUCCCGACCCACCGCCCCCUUCCCCCUUCCCUCUUUUUACUCCGCAACAAACAUUCGCCUAUCAUACUUUUCCAAAACCCUCUAUAUAACAAAAUUAAUCGUCUGGGGCCAGGGAAUCUAUCAUGGAAGAAAUUAAAAAGGCGUUCGCUACUUGCAAGGCAGAAGGAAGAGCAAGUUUCCCUUUUCUCUAGAGCAUACCAAAAAAUUUCAAUUGCCGCCGCUAAUCGUUGCAAAAACAGACGGCUUUGGUGACUUAUGUUACUGCCGGGUUUCCGACAGCUGAGGCGACUGUAGGUCUGAUGCUAGCAAUGGAGGCUGGGGGUUCUGAUAUAAUUGAAAUUGGCCUACCUUUCACCGACCCAAUUGCCGAUGGACCGACUAUUCAGAAGGCGAAUACUAUUGCCUUGGAAAACGGUAUGUCAGCUACUACAGCCUUGAAGGUAGUUCGCGACGCUCGUGGGAAAGGAUUGAAAGUCCCGGUCCUUUUCAUGGGAUACUACAACCCGGUCUUGAGCUACGGCGAGCAACAACUUGUCAAGGAUUGUCGGGAGGCCGGUGUUAAUGGCUUCAUCAUUUGCGAUCUACCUCCCGAGGAAGCUGUAAAAUUCAGAGGAUUCUGUAAUAGUGAAGGUUUGAGUUAUGUUCCGCUUAUAGCUCCAUCUACAAAGCCUUCCCGUUUGAAGUUUCUCUGCAGUAUAGCCGACUCAUUCAUAUACGUUGUUUCUCGUAUGGGGACAACUGGCGCAUCGGGUGCAUUGAACGUUGGCCUUGGUGAUCUAUGUAGGCGUGUACAUGUGGCAUCUAGAAACGUUCCCAUCGCAGUCGGCUUUGGAGUUUCCACCCGUGAUCACUUCGUUUCGGUUGGCCAGUUUUCUGAGGGUAUCGUUAUUGGCUCACAAGUGAUCAAUGUUAUCUCCCAAUCAAAACCCGAAGAGAUCAAUGAGAAAGUUAAGGAGUAUUGCCAAAUGGUGGUUGGUAGGGAUGGCAAAGAUUCAACCACCCGUGAAGUCGGGAUCGUGGAAACCAUGGGAAAGGCCAAAGAACCACUUGAUGUCCAUCCUACAGGUGUCAUCGCUGAAAAGGAUGUGGAGACAGGCCCAGGCUUAAUGGACCAGCUCGAUGCUUUGAACGUCGGUAGUGAAGCUAGCCCUCAGUCAAUCCCUUCUCGCUUUGGCGAAUUCGGCGGUCAAUACGUACCAGAAUCUUUAAUGGAUUGCCUUGCAGAGCUAGAGCGUGGCUUUAUCGAAGCGAAUAACGAUCCUAAGUUCUGGGAAGAGUUUCGGUCGCACUACCCCUAUAUGGGUCGCCCAGGGCAACUUCAUCUAGCAGAAAAUCUUACCAAGAGGUGCGGAGGCGCCAAUAUCUGGUUGAAGCGAGAGGACCUCAAUCACACAGGAUCUCAUAAAAUCAAUAAUGCUAUCGGACAAAUUCUUAUUGCUAAGCGGCUGGGUAAGACCGAGAUUAUUGCAGAAACUGGGGCCGGGCAGCAUGGUGUAGCAACCGCAACUGUCUGUGCCAAGUUUGGUAUGAAGUGCACAGUUUAUAUGGGCGCUGAAGAUGUGAGGCGUCAAGCCUUGAAUGUUUUCAGAAUGAAGCUUCUAGGGGCUCAGGUCAUAUCUGUAGAAGCUGGAUCUCGUACCCUACGUGACGCUGUCAAUGAGGCGCUUCGUUCGUGGGUUGUCAACCUUUCGACAACACAUUACCUGAUUGGAUCAGCCAUUGGCCCGCAUCCGUUCCCUACAAUCGUUCGAACCUUCCAAAGCGUCAUUGGGAAUGAGACCAAACAACAACUCAUGGAGAAGCGGGGGAAACUGCCUGACGCGGUUGUAGCUUGUGUGGGAGGUGGAUCGAAUUGCGCAGGAAUGUUUUACCCCUUUGCGAAGGAUCUUUCGGUAAAAAUGUUGGGUGUAGAAGCUGGCGGAGAUGGUCUAGAUACUACUAGACACUCAGCUACACUUGCUGGUGGUAGCAAGGGUGUCCUUCACGGAGUCCGCACUUAUAUUCUUCAAAAUUCUGAAGGUCAGAUUUCUGACACGCAUUCCGUUUCCGCUGGGCUAGACUACCCUGGAGUUGGGCCAGAGCUCGCAAGCUGGAAAGAUAGCAGCCGUGCAAAGUUCAUUUCUGCCUCCGAUGCCGAGGCUUUCAAAGGCUUUAGAGCACUCUCUGAACUCGAAGGUAUUAUUCCUGCCCUCGAGAGUGCGCACGCAAUUUUUGGCGGAAUGGAGUUGGCAAAGACAAUGAAACCUUGCGAGGAUAUCGUCAUCUGUCUAUCCGGCAGAGGGGAUAAAGACGUCCAGAGCGUCGCUGAAGAACUCCCCAGUCUUGGGCCCAAGAUCGGGUGGGAUCUCAGAUGUGAGUUGGUUCCUUCUCUUUCGGAUAUCUAUACAUUAACAUUGACUAGUCUAACCUUAAACAUCCAAAAACAAACACCACGUUUUCUCAUCUCAAUUUUCUUUCGCAGAUUCUCUAUAAGCCCCCGGCGGAGUUUGGUCUGGUAUUUCAUGUUUCAUUUUAUGCUGAGGGAUAGAAAAGGUUACGUAGACUAA